AUGGAUGCCAGUGAUAUCUCCUUUGGGGUAGCAAUUCUGUUACAGAUCAGUAUUGGGUUCUCAGGAAAUGCAUUCAUUCUCCUAUUUUAUGCCUGCUUGGUUUCUGCCAGACAGAAGUUCUGCUCCUUAGACUGGAUCCUCACUCACCUGGCCUUGGCCAACACCAUAAGACUUCUUGCCAGUGGAAUCCCAGAGACCCUGUCAGCUUGGGGGUUGAGGAAUUUCCUAGAUGAUGUCGGGUGCAAAAUUCUCCUUUACCUUCAUCGAGUGGCCCGUGGCCUGGCCAUCUGUACCACUUCCUUCCUGAGCAUCUUCCAGGCCAUCACCAUCAGUCCUGACACUUCCCGCUGGGCAAGAAUCAAAGCUAAGUUGACCAAGUCCAUCCUCCCCUCCUGCCUCCUCUCCUGGAUCCUCAAUAUGCUCAUAGAUACUAGUACACUGAUUUUCGUCACAGGCCCCAGGAACAGCACCAGUGUACGACUCAUAUAUGAUCUAAAGUAUUGCUCGAUAGGUGUUCAUAGUGCAGAAGCUGGCCUCAUAAAUUCAGUUGUGGUCUCCCUCCGGGAUAUGUUCUUUGUAGGUCUCAUGAGUGGGGCCAGUGGCUACAUGGUGUUUGUCCUGCACAGUCACCACAGGCAGGUCCAACAUCUUUAUGGAUCCAACCACUCCCACAGGGCAAUGCCCGAAAUCAGAGCAGCCAAGAGAGUCAUUGGUCUGGUAGCACUGUAUGUCAUCCUCUAUGGGCGACAGUCAAUCAUGCUGAGUGUUUUAAUGAACAUGAAAGAAAAUUCUCCUCUAUUGGUGACUAUUCAUGUAGUUUUGUCCCCGACCUUCUCGACUAUUAGUCCUUUCUUGAUCAUUCUUAGUGACAAGAGAAUGAGAACAUUCUGGAAAAGGAAGUCCCCUAUUUCCAACACAGUUCUUUCAGUGAAGCACAUGAAAUAA